AUGUCGAUUGAUGGACCAAGAGACUUUACAGCUUAUCCGGUGCUGCAGGCAGUGGACGGAAGAAAGAGUGCUCGCUUUCUCAAAGAUUCAGAUAUAAACCACGGGUCAGGAGUUCAAGAACAGUUGUGGGGAAUGAGUUACAGUAAGAAGCUUCUUCAAAGUUUCAUCAGCGGAGCUCUUGGAGUUCAGACCGGUGUGCGUAAUUUUAACUUUGACGCCCUCUCCACUGAAUUGACAGGAAGCUGUCAUUUCAUUCACUCGCGGGGCAAGCUCGACAAGGGUCCAAAUCAGUUUCAUCUCAUGAGGCUGGUCUACAAACGGCAGGGGAGAAGCGCGAACACCAUUUCGCAUAUUCCUCAUCAUGACGGUGCCGUGGACACCGGGCGAGCUUGGAUGAGCAAGUUGGUAUCAUUCGAUCGAGUGAAAGUCACGAACAAUCAGCAAGAAAACGAACGAUUUUUUAAUAGGGCUUCUUUUUCUGGAAAUUGCAUUUGGAAGAGGAUGACUGGUCCUUCAAUUUCUGAUAUGUAA